AUGCUUUUUAUCUAUUUUAAAAAUAAACUGAGUGACAAUACUGUCUAUUAUGCGUCCUCUGAGUACCGCUCGACGGCUCACAUCUCGUCCAUCGAUGAGUACACAAAACUAUACCAGAAGUCAGUCUCAGAUCCCGAAGGCUUUUGGAUGGAAAUCGCGAAUCACUUCUUCUGGAAGCUAUGGCCACAAGAAGUAGAGGUCGUGUCCUAUAAUUUCGAUGUCACUAAAGGACCCGUUUGUGUCAAAUGGUUAGACGGAUGUCAAACCAAUAUGUCUUACAAUGUCUUGGAUUUGUGCGUCAAUAAAGGACUCGGAAAUCGUGUCGCAUAUUAUUGGUUAUUAAAGGGAAUCCAAUGAUGAUAAAUCACACAAACAAAUCACUUACAAUGAAUUACUGCGCGAUGUCUGCAAAUUUGCAAAUGUGUUGAAAGGGUUGGGCAUUAAAA